AUGAAGCCAUACAACCAUGGUUUGCGUAUGUACAUGAAGAGGUAUAUCUUUUCUACUUUUAUAGGUAUCCCUGCAGUAAUCGUCGUUGUCACUCUUGUCUCGAGUUUUGAUGGAUACGGCACAAAGAACAGCUGUUGGCUGUCUGUGGAGAAGGGCACCAUCUGGAGCUUUGUAGUUCCCGUACUUGUCAUCGUGUUGGUGAAUGCCAUCAUCCUUGCUCUUGUUGUCAGAGAAAUCUUAAAACUCUACAACCCCACCCCUGCCGAUGAGACCAAACUGCAGUCCGUCAGGUCUGGUAUCAAGUCCGCUACAGUGCUGCUGCCCAUUCUUGGUAUUGCUUGGGUGUUCGGCAUCCUGGCUGUCAACACCGAAACGAUCGUCUUCCAGUACCUGUUUGCUAUCUUCAACUCGCUACAGGUUUCUUAUAUUCGUACAAUCUUUCCUUCCAUCCAACGCAUUCCAUCCAUUCAUCCUUCCAUCCAUCCAUCCAAUUCAACCAUCCAUUCAUCCUUUCAUCUACUAUUCAUUCAUGCAUUCAUACAUUCAUUCAUUCAUUCAUUCACUUGCUCAUUCACUUAA